AUGACCAGAUAUCUUCGCGACCUACAAAAGCAAGCCAGGCAGUGGCGGCAUUCGAGUGGAAUCAAACGAUCCCGGGACUCUGUCCUCGGACCGGGGGAUGAGAUCGAGCAAGGUACUACCAUCGCCGAUGCGCAAGUACCUUCAGAAUUAGAGCCACCGGCGUCUCAAAUGACCGAUUCUACGUUUAGCAUCUGGACAAGCCCCUUUACCUUGCCGUCUACAGUCAUUAAAGAUACGCGAACUAACAAACGAAACUGGAUUUGGCUUGCCCCAACUUCAGCAUGGUCAUUCACAGCUCGACUCACAGUCAUGAUGACCGAGAAGCUCAACCUCAACCCCGAUUACAGCACUCCCGGAUUUUACUUGGAUGGAGACAUCUACCCAUUUGAAUGGAACCGCUUCACAACCUGUGAGCCGCCCGAUGUCAGUGAUCUACCUUCAAUUGACUACGCUCUCUAUCUCUUCAACACGGUCAAGUUCCACCUUGGUCAGACCUAUCGAUUCUUCGAUGACGCUUCAUUCACCUCUCACAUAUUCGACUUUUACAAUGGCCGAGAAGCACAGAAAGCUGUUGAAUCCCGCAUAUGGUUCGCCCAAUUCCUUUUGGUGCUCGCAUUCGGCAAGGCGUUUCUCUCGCGCCCAAAAAACCAUAAUGAACCGCCAGGCUCCAGGUUCUUUGUGCGAGCUAUGGCUGCUAUGCCGAACCAUACAUCCACGGGGAGAGAUAGUUUGAUGGUAAUCGAGGCGUUGGCUCUGGCUGGGUUGUAUCUGUAUGCAAUAGACCACCGGGAGGGAGCGCAUGUGAAUGUUGGUCAGGCAAUCCGCAUCGCCCAGCUGGAAGGAAUGCACACCCAGCUCCCCGAGGAAGAGCUCGGUGCUGCAACAGUCGCCCGUUGCCGAAAUCUCUGGUGGACUCUGUAUAUCAUGGACCGCCAUGUUUCCUCCUCCUUGGGCCUUCCGAUGACCACGCAGGAUGGGGAUAUCACCACGUUGUCUAAUCCACCCACUACAUCUUUGAACGAUACCACGUUCAGUCUUCAAGUGAGACUCUCGCAAAUGUUGUCGUUCAUUCUCGCGACAAUAUAUAGAACGGAAAAGACCCAGCUUGGGGCAUUCUUGGAGAUAACACGGAACAUCUUGCAGACCAUGGCUGGUCUCGCCGAGGAGAUCGAGAAGAUGUUUCCUGUGGAUUUCCAAGGCUCGAUGGAUUCAGUGCCGCACGAGACACGCUAUCUCAUUUUAUUGUACCAUCAGUGUGUGAUUGUUGCCACAAGACCCCUGCUUCUCUCUGUUUUGAAAGAACGACUGGAAAAGCUAGGACGUGCAGAAGAAGAUUGGCAGAAAUUCUUAGCUCUCCCCAAGUCUCUGAUAUCAAUUGGCAUCAAGUCGGCUGUGAAGACGCUUCAAAUAUUGUCAGAUGAGAACAUCUUUCUGGAGGUUUUCCUCCCAUUCGAUCUUGAAUUCACAUAUGCGGCUUCUCUCCAUCUGACAAUGGCACACACGCUCUUCCCACCCGACGCCGAAGACCAGAAAUAUAGCCAAGUAGGACACUCAAUCCUCGACGAGUUUAUUUCCAGUGGAAACAGAGUGGCCGAAAUCCGAAAAGCCGAGCUGAACCGGCUUGAGGGUUUGUUCCGGGAGCUCGCCGCACGCGUAGAGCAGGAGGGACUACAAACCCUGACAUUAGCCGGGCCAGCCGAGGCAGAGAUGGGGCUGGUAAAUGGCCGGUUUGAAGACCGUCAAGGACAGCUAUCGGUUGAAGAACCGGAAAUGACUUCUCGCUCGCCGUCGGCGGCUGGGAACGUAAGGUCUUUACCCUCCGCCGAACUACAAAUGCCCAACAAUGUGGAUUCACUGGAUAAUAUUGGGAUUUCUUCCUGUGAGUUUCUGUCAAUUGUCGACCAGAUAGGGAAUCCGGAUCUUUCGCAUGGUUUACUAGAUUCUGAAUCUGAAUGGCUGGAAGGGGGUAACAUGCCGGGCCCAUUUGGUUGA